AUGCCGACCUCUCUGCUGCGAUCGCUGCUGCGAUACCUGCCCUUUGCGCCGUCCACGACGCCCGUCCAGGCGCUGACGUAUCUGCUGGGCAUCUCGCUCUUCUCCAUUUCGUUCCUCGUCUUCCUGAACAGCUCCGUCUCGUUCGUCAUCACCGACCUCAUCGGCCAGAAGAAGGGAGUCGGCGAUGUCGUCGGAACCCUGGGCUUCGUCGACGAGAUUGUCGCACUGGUGGCCUGUCCAGCCUGGGGCCUCGUCUCGGAUCGCCUCGGUGUAAGAUGGGUCGCCGUCAUUGGGUACUCCAUCAUUGGCAUCUCCCUAGCUCUCUUCGUCCAGGCGCGCGCAGUCUAUCCCCAGUUGUUGCUGGCGCGCAUCCUGUUCGCCGCGGGAGCUUCUGCAUCAGCUACCAUGGUCACGGCGAUUCUGCCUUCUGUGACAGACGAUAGCUCCACCGAGGAUGACGAUGCUCAGGCGAGGUUCAAGGCACUCCAGAGAGCUCGCACUAGCGUUGCCUUCUCCGUCGAGUCCGAGUUGACCAUUACGCCGGAGCGAUACACCCAAUCCGUGUCAACCGACCGCGAACCCGAGGACGAGAACGAAAGGGCCGGACGACCAGCCAAGCUGGCAGGGCUCGUCGGUGUCUUUACUGGAUGCGGUGCGCUCGUUGCAUUAACCCUGUUCUUGCCGCUCCCGGUGAGCUUCGGCGAGAUCAAGGGUGUGACGCCUGCAGAGGCAGUCUCGUAUAGUUUCUACGUUGUUUCUGUCGUUGCAUUUGUAGUUGCUGUCCUUGUUUCCUUUGGUCUACGGGACCUCAAGGGCGAGGAAGGCAAGGGAUGGCACGUUCUCUUUGGAAGCCAUAACGAAUUCGAGACCCGGCCCAGGUUUGGCAUUGAGGUUCAGAAGCCAAAACUGGUUCCGUAUCUUAGCCUUAUGAAGGACUCGGUCCUUCUCGGAUGCAGUGAUUCUAGAAUUGCCAUUGGAUAUCUUGGCGGCUUCGUUGCCCGAGCAUCGAGCGUAGCCAUUUCGCUAUUUAUUCCUCUCUUCGUAAACACCUACUUCAUCAACAACGGCUUCUGCAAGGGCUCACCGAAUGACCCUUCCCCCGAGCUAAAGGAAGAAUGCCGAGCCGCCUACGUGCUCUCUUCCAUCCUGACAGGCGUGGCACAGCUUAUGGGGCUCAUGUGUGCACCCGUCUUUGGAUACUUGUCUAGCCGACCCGGGCGCAUCAACUGGCCUAUUGUCGUCUCGACUGUCCUGGGCAUUGUUGGUUACAUCAUCCUUCCGCAGCUUGCCAGCCCAGAGAUCAAGAACGUCGAGGGCCGCGGCGGCAGCCCCAUCAUCUUCCUCGUUGUCACGCUCAUCGGAAUCAGCCAGAUCGGCGCCAUCGUCUGCAGUCUCGGUUCGCUCGGCCGCGGUGUUCUCGCGGUAGAGAUCCCCCGGACUGCCCACCGUCCGCCCUCCUUGGAUCCCGAUGAGGAUGAGGAUGAUACCGAGGAGGAUCAGCCCUUGCUUACCAUUGGCACUGAAUAUGAGAGUGCCUCCCGUAUCCGCCUCAAGGGCUCCAUCGCCGGCGUCUACUCGUUGUGCGGUGGUGUGGCCAUCCUGCUCCUGACGAAGCUGGGAGGAUAUCUUUUCGACAAGCUCUCCCACGGCGCCCCGUUCUAUAUGAUGGCCAUCUUCAAUGCCAUCUUGCUGGCGGCUACUCUGGGAAUAGAUGCGUCACAGGCGUUUUCGAGGCGAGCUUAG